AUGAUGAGGAAAAUGAGGAUUGAGGAGUCCAAGCCAACAAGAAUGGCCCUACAACUGGCAGACGGAUCAUUCAAGUUUCCUCAUGGAAUAGUAGAAGACUUGUUGGUAAAGGUAGGAGACUUUAUCUUUCUAGCAGACUUUGUAGUGUUGGAUAUGGAGGAAGGAGCCAAGACCUCUAUCAUCUUAGGAAGUCCAUUGUUAGCUACUAUCGGAGUCAUCAUUGAUGUCCAAAAGGGUAAACUUGUCCUUAGACUACAUGAGAAGAAAAUAAUAUUCAAUGUGUUCAAGGCCAUGAGUUAUCCACAAGACUCAUUGGGAGAAUGUAUGAGGUUGGAUUCAGUGGAGGCUGUAGUGCAAGAGACUUUUGAAGAGGAAGAACAUGAGGGAGACAAAAAGGGCGUGGAGAACAAGGUAGCAGAUCAUCUAUCCAUGAUCCCUUGUGAGAAAGGUGCUAUACAUGAUACAAGUGUGAAUGAGUUCUUUCCAGAUGAGCAGUUAAUAUUGGUUCACAAGACACCCUGGUUUGCAGACAUUGCCAAUUUUAAGGCAACUGGUGACUUGCCUCCUGGAAUCAACAAACAUCAAAAAAGAAAACUCGUCAAUGAUGCUAAAUAUUUCAUUUGGGAUGAGCCAUAUCUCUUCAAGAAGUGCUCAGAUGGAAUCCUUAGGAGGUGCAUUUCAGAAGAAGAGGGACGAGAGGUCCUAUGGAAUUGCCAUAGUUCUAGCUAUGGGGUCAUUUUGGAGAAGAAAGAACCGCAGUGA